AUGAGUUACACGCCGGACGCUAGUGUGUUGAGCUCUUUGCUCAUCACGUUUUCCCUCGCCACAAUUCUUCUGGUCUGCCGUCUUGUGUCUCGAAAGAUCACACAUGUGUCAUUGUGGUGGGAUGAUUAUUUUGCUAUGGCUUCUUGGUUUGCGGCUUCUCUCUAUUUCAGCUUUGCAAUGUACUGGACCUUUAAAAUGGGUCUGGGUCAUGCAAAAGAGGACUUGUCUCUUCCAGCCGAAAGUGUUGAACAAUAUGCUCGGUUUGGCCUUUUCAUGGCCGAGCUGUUAUACGCCACGUCGCUGGGAUUUUCCAAACUGGCUAUCCUCGGCUUCUAUUGGCGUCUAUUCAGUGUCUCUAAUAUCCGACUCGGUAUCUACAUCCUUCAGGGAAGCACAGUCAUUUGGCUUACCAUCCGAACCUUCAUGACCAUCUUCCACUGCGUCCCGGUCGAGGCGUACUGGAACCACAACAUCAAGAACGCUGUUUGCAACGUCGAUCCCGCAAAGUUUAUGUUUGGAACAACUCUGGUUCAUCUCUUUCUUGAGAUUGCUGUUUUAUCGCUGCCUGUAUUCCAGGUCAAAAGUCUUAAGCUCCGGAUGGGCCAAAAGAUUGCUGUUGUUGCCAUGUUUAUGUUUGGUAUCUUUGUUUGCGGUGCUUCGAUUACAGUACUUGUCGAGGCAAUCACACUGGACCCAAAGACGAGAGAAAUGGCAAGGGACAUCAAAGGGGUUAUUAUUUGGGCGGGCGUGGAAGCUAACCUGGCAAUCAUAUCUUCCUGUUUGCCUAUAAUAAGACCUAUCUUCCGAUCCAGUAUAUUCAGCUCAAUCCUCAGCUCUAAAUCGAACUCGACUGGUCCAAACGCCAUCAGCGGCUUGACCAGCAGCAAGGGUAUCAGACUCAACAAUAUUACUCGGACGAAAGAAACCGACGAUAAUAGCUCGCAGCGACAGCUAGCCGAUCUUGAGGAUGGAUCAUCUGGCGACGUGGACCUCGAUGUCUAUGCAGAGCGCAGCGGCUAUAACCGCACCAUCAUUACUACCUGCGCCGAUGAGGGGGGACACGAUGAUGAUAAUGAUACCUCAAGGGCAUAUGGCAUUCAAGUCAAGAAUGAAACUAAAGUGUAUUAUGAGUCUACAUAA